GUACUUAAAAACUCUACCGCGAACUUGUUCAUUAAAUAAAAACGCAAACACAAACCAAAAACAGCUACAAGAAAUUUGGAGCCAAAUCCCAGUUUGGCAACAGAGAUUCAUAUAUUCGAUCUGCGAGUGUAGCUCGUCUUGAAGUUCUCUACAGGGUUCUCUGCGCUCGAAGGUUCGAUCUUGGCUUGAGAUCACAAUGGUAAAUGGAUUCUAGAUUGAAAAGGAGGGUACCCAUUUGGAGAAACUGGUGUUUUCUGUGUGGGUUUGAUGGGACUUGAUUUGUGGGUGACCUGUAAGAUUUGGUUCUUUGAUUUUUGAGGUGAUUUGGGUUUGAAGAGUUUAUUUUUGGGGGAAGACAAGAUGUUCUGGAGGGAACGUGAGAGGGAGAACAACAAAGAGCAAAACGGUGGUGGACCCCCUUCUGGGCAGGUUCGAGUUCUUGUUGUUGGUGACUCAGGUGUUGGAAAAACUUCUCUUGUUCAUCUGAUUGUCAAUGGUUCUUCCACUGCCCGCCCACCUCAAACAGUAGGAUGUUCAGUUGGUGUGAAGUAUACUACUUAUGGGAAUUCUGGUAGCUCGUCUAGCAGCAUUAAAGGUGACGCUGAGAGAGAAUUCUUUAUUGAACUCUGGGAUAUAUGUGGACAUGAUAGAUACAAAGAAUGCCGGUCUCUUUUUUAUUCCCAAAUAAAUGGUGUAAUCUUUGUUCACGAUCUCUCCCAAAGAAGGACAAAAACUGGCUUGCAGAAGUGGGCAACUGAGAUUUCUACAACUGGGACAUUUUCAGCUCCUCUGGGAUCUGGAGGUCCCGGUGGCCUUCCUGUCCCAUAUAUUGUUAUUGGCAACAAAGCUGAUAUUGCUGCAAAGGAGGGUACAAGGGGAAGCAGUGGCAAUCUUGUUGACGUUGCCCGACAGUGGGUUGAGAAGCAAGGUUUGCUACCAUCGAGUGAGGAACUUCCACUGACCGAAAGUUUUCCUGGAGCUGGAGGCCUUAUUGCGGCUGCCAAAGAAGCAAGAUACGACAAGGAAGCUGUGAUGAAAUUCUUCCGAAUGUUGAUAAGGAGACGAUAUUUUUCUGAUGAUUUAUCUGCACAAAGUCCAUGGUCUAUUUCUCCGGUUGAAAGUCCUGCACAGACAGUAGAUGAAAAUUGGAGUGAUGAAGAUCUUUCAUACAGGAAGAAGAGCAGUUUACAUGGUGGUGAUCCGUACAAGUACAACAUGCUCCCUCCUCUUCCAGCACAACGCAAUCUGACACCACCUCCCACGCUUUAUCCUCAGCAACCGGUUGCAGUUUCAGAAAAUUUCAGUAUCCCUAGAUUUGCAUACUCUAGUUACCCAGGUAUCAGCAGUGCUGCAAGAUCCAAGCGCUCAGAUAUCAAUGUGUAGCGGUCAUUGGCUCUGAUAAAUGUGAUUGUUUUGGCAUGAGUGGAUAUGUGUGCGUGUGGUCUAUGAGUCAUUUUGUUUCACUUGUAACUCGUCUUGUUGAUUGUUUUACAUCUACAGGUUCUGUCAUUGUAAGCAGUUAUAUGUUGGGGACUAGGGGUACAAGUAUAUAAUGAUUUAUUGAACAAUUUGGAAGCUAUAGGCAAUUUUUUUUUCACCAAGCUUUCUCAUUGUAUGACAAUUUUGGAACUUCCCCAAAUGAUUAUGGUGCCCAAGAUCCUUGUGU